AUGUUACAAUCAGAUAAAGCCACAUCAUCACCUCCAUUAUGGUCCAUUGAUAGGAAAAUAACUCGUCAAACAACUCCAUGUGAGAAUACUUCUAUAUCUUCAUUGCCAUCAUUAUUAAUUUCUUCUCUAUGGGAUUCGACACCAAUUGGUAAAUCAAUUUAUCUUCGUUUAUGUCAACGUGAACAAUUAUCACCACAAUUAAUACUCGAAGAUAAAGUUUUUCGUUCAGCAAUACGUUUACAACAUGGUUCAACAUAUCGUGCACAAUUACAAUUUGUUGGAACAUUAAUUAUUGAUGAUGAAACACAACGUUUAACAUAUGUUAUUGAUCGUUUACAAUUAUCGGAUUCAACAACAAAUGAAACUAAUAGUCAACAUUCAUUAUUACCAAAUAAACAAUUAAAUGGAGAAUUUCUUAUUCCUAUUCGAUGUGAUAAUAAAAGUUCAACAACAAUAAAUUCAACUAGUAGUUUGAUACACGAAGGAAUCAAGAUAAUCGAUGUUUAUUGUCGUUCAUCUUUACCCAUUGAAUUGCAUCAAUUUUCAUUUCUUCAUGGUCAAAUGUUGUCACGUUUAUCACCAUCCAUAAAUGCUGAUUUAUCAUUUGAUCUUUUAACAAUUAAAAAUAAUUUUAAACUAACACCAAUUAAUUCUGAGUAUGUUCAAAUAUUACCAACAGCUUUAUUGAAAAAUCUAAGCUCAUCGACUGGGAAUGGUGUUUAUAUAAAUCAACCACAUUUUGGCUAUUGUGGCUUAGACCGAAUGUCGAAGAAUAAAAUUUUAUUAAUACUUGAAAAUGAUCCACAAGCAUGUGCUCUACCACUAGUUGGAAUAUGGGUAUCUGGUAUUGUUGAUGUUCAAUGUGCCUUUGUUUGGGCAGCAUGUCUUCGUUAUUGUAUGAAUUCAUCACUUAAACAACGUUUACGUACAGGAAUAAAUGUUAAUAAUACCACACAACAAUCAUUUCUACUUGCAUGUUACUUGUCUACGUCUCGUGGUCAAUGUGAUUUUUAUGAAGUUAGUUCAAUGACGACGAGUUCUACACCAUCAGCAUUCAUGAUUGAUUAUGAUUUAUGGACAUGUUCCAAAAAAAUUAUUAUGCCUAAUUCUUCAACAAUGCAUUCACAUGAUACAGGUGUUAGUACACAAUUACCGUACGAUUUUGAAUUUAAACAUGUUUAUGAUGGACCAAAAAUGCAUGCGCUUUUAGGAGCGCAUACAGGAAAUAUUUCUCUUUCUAAUCAAUAUCAAACUAUUAGAUCUACAAAAAAUGCUCAAUUACCAGCAGAUCUAUCUUUUCUUACAGCAGAAAUACCAUCCGACGAUGACGAUGAUGAUAAUGGUCUUCAUCAUGGUCAAAUUGAACGAAUUCAGCAAGAACAUCAUCUUCAAACAGCACUUUCAUCGCCUAAUACAAAUGGAAGUUUAUUUGGGGUUCCUCGUUUACCACCAAAGCAAUCAAUACAUCAAUCACCAUCAUGGGAUUCGAUUUCAACUACAACGAUGACGACACCCAAAUGGAUUGCACCUGUACCUGCAAAUGUUCCAGCAUUAACAGUUCCAGCUCUAACAUCACCUCCAACACCAGUACCAAUACGAUUUUCAUCUCCAGCUCCAUCAACAAUUGCAUCGUCAACUAUUUCACCGUCAACUGCUAUUCAAGAUGCUCAAUGGAAAGAGGAAAUGCUUGAAAAAAUGCAAGCAUAUGAUGCUCAUAUUCAAUCAUUAAAUGCACUUGUUUCUCAGCUGUUAGCUACUCAACAGCAUCAACACCAGCAACUACAGCAAAGCUCAAUCUCAACACCGACACGAGAACCUAUAAAAUGUGAUGUUGCUGUUCAAAGUGAACCUCCAUCGCCAUGUACAAGCGAUGAUAUUGGCGAGUCAGCAUCAAUGGUUAAAAGUAAUCGAAAUAGUUCACCAUCAUCAUCACCAAAAAUUGAACAUCUUCAGCAUUAUCAACAACAAACACCAAUCAUGACAAUAACUACAAGAACACCUUGCUCGGCAGCUCAAUUUCAAUCGCCACUUUCACUUCCUCCUCCACCACCAUCAGUUGCUCGUCAACCAGAACCAGUAAUUGAUUAUGCUUCGCUUCGCAAAUCUGCUGAUGCUGAACGACUGACUACUGACAAUAUUUGUGUUCCAUAUCAUCAUACACCUAUUCGAUCAAUGUCACCUUCACGUGCAUCGGUACCAACGGAUCUCAAUCCAGUGGAUAUUCUUAAACCAUUUUUUCAAUUUAUGGCCAGUCAACAGCAUAAACAACAACAAGAACACGAGUAUCAACGAUGUACUUCUCCAUUGAUGACAACAUCGAAAUCAUUCGAUACAGCAAUAAUAAAAACAAUUGAUGAAGAAAGUGGUCGACAAGCAGAAAAAAUGUCUCAAUUAGCUAAUGUUAUUCAACAACAGCAACAUGUGACAUCGACAACGACAACAGGCAUUAGUUUUAUUUCUAAUGGCCUUCAAAUGCAAAUUAUUAAUCAACAAAGUAGUACAACUACUGUUUAUCCACCAGUGCCUCCAUCGAUUGCUCCUCCGCCUCCUUCUUCGCCUGCUCUUCCUACGUCUGUACCUUCAACACCUUUAAGUAGUGGCCUGAUUUCAUCAUCAAAUCAACAAUCAGAAAAUGAUCUAUCAAUUGAAGUGCGCAGUUUGCAAAUGAAAUAUCUAGAUGAUGAUCAGUUAGCAAUUGCUACUGAUUAUGAUCGUCAAUCGCCAACACCACCAAGUACAGUACGACAAUCCCCUCAAAGUUUCGAUAAAAAUAUGUCGUUUGCAACACAAAAAUAUUUUCAAAAAUAUAAUAUUCUAACGGGAUAUAAUCGUCAACAACAAAAUUAUUUAUCGUCAGAUGACAAUGAUCUAUUAACAUCCUCUCCACCUCGUCAACGAAUGCUUUUACCAUUACUACCACCAUCGUCACCACCUAUUUUUACACAACCACCUGUUCCUCGUGCUCAACAAGCCAAAAUACUCGAUUUGAGUCAAAUACGUAAAUUACCUAAAUUACUUUAG